AUGUCUAACACCCAGAACAAAGCACUGGAUGUAAAACAUCCAGCCCAGAAGAACCCGAAUAAAGGCCCCAGAGAAAAGCUGAUGUACGUAGUGUGCGUUUUAAGCGGAACUGAGUCCCGGGAACCUGACUAUUUGGCCACGGUGGACGUGGAUCCAGAAUCGCCGUGUUAUUGCCAGGUCAUCCACCGCCUGUGCAUGACUCACCUGGAUGACGAACUCCAUCACUCGGGCUGGAACGCCUCCAUCAGCUCCUUUGGGGACACUGGCAUUGAGCGCAACUGCCUCAUCCUCCCUGGCCUGAUCUCCGGCCGUGUUUAUGUGGUGGACACGAGUUCUGACCUGUGCGCUCCCAGCUUGUGCAAAAUCAUCGAAACUCGAGAAAUCAUCAAGAAAACCAAUUUGGGUUUCUUGUACAGAUCACGUUGCUUAAGCAGCGGGGAGGUUUUGGUCAGCGCCCUUGGAGAUGCGUUCGGUGGACUUCUCGUUCUUGACCCAGAAACCUGGGAAGUGAAAGGGAGCUGGGAGUGUCCAGAAGAUGGACACCAUGGGAUGUUUGACUUCUGGUACCAGCCGCGGCACAACGUCCUGAUCAGCGCCCACGCGGGGGAGCCCAAGUUCCUUAUCAGUGGGUUCAGUCCAGACAAUCUGAGAAAAGGGCGAUAUGGCGGUCACCUCGAUGUCUGGGAUUUGACCACCCACCGCCUCCUCCAGUCGAUUGACGUGGGUGAAGAUUCAGGCCCCAUAGAGAUUCGCUUCUUGCACAACCCCAACUCUGUCCACGGCUUCGUGGCCUGCCCUCUAGAGAGCUCAAUCCACCAUUUCUUCAAGACAGAGGGUGGAUGCUGGGUUGCCAAGAAAGUGAUCCAAGUCCCGAACAAGAAAGUAUCCGGAUGGAUCUACCCUGAAAUGCCAGGGUUCACUUAUGAUAUCAUCAUCUCCCUGGAUGACCGGUUCCUCUAUGCAAGCAACUGGGUGCAUGGUGAUGUCCGCCAAUAUGAUAUCACUGACCCGCACUGUCCCAAGCUGGUUGGACAGGUGUUUCUGGGGGGCAGCCUUGAGAAAGGGGGUCCUGUAAAUGUCCUAGAGGAUCUAGAGCUGGAUUGCCAACCUGAUCCCUUUGUGAUCCAGGGCAGGAAACUCAAAGGAGGACCUCGAGCGCUUCAGUUGAGCUUGGAUGGCACGCGACUCUAUGUCACCAACUCUGUUGACACUCCUUGGGACAAGCAGUUUUAUCCUGAGAUGGUCAGGGAAGGUUCGGUCAUGCUCCAGCUGGACGUUGACACUGUGAAGGGUGGCCUUUGUGUGAACCCGGAAUUCCUGGUGGAUUUCGGGCAUGAACCGUGUGGUCCGGCUCGGGCGAAAGGGAUGCGCUACCCCGGUGGGGAUUGCACCUCUGACAUCUGGGAGUAG